UACGCAUAGACCGUAUUUCAAACAUUUGGUCCACAUAAUCCACAUACAAUACAAAAUAGAUUAAUAGCAUAGGAAAUAUCAAAAAGGAUGACUAGCGUUAGGAAUGAUAGAUAGCAAAGUACGUUUGCUGUAAUUUACCAAAUAGGAAUACAUUGGACAACAACGAUAAAAAUAGUGUUAAGUGUUAUAAAUACUGAUGGAAAAAUCCAUUGUGCAAUGGACCAAUGGUUCUUCCCGUAUAACGCCCUGCGGGGUUUUUCUGGUAGAUAAAUAAAAAAACAGUAGUCAAGCCCCCGGCGAGGAUCGAACUCGCGGCCUUUCGCUUACGAAGCGAACGCAAUACCACUAUGCUACGGAGGCACUUUGCUGAUUAAAUAAAUCUACCAAGUGAUAUAUAUAUAUUAUAUGUUUGUUUUAGGGUCAGCGAUUAAUGUUUUCAGACUUUAAAAAGGAAACGGAUUGUGUCACAAAAAAAAAAAAAAAAGAAAAAGGAAACGGAUUAAUAAAAGCGUAUAUAUAUAUAUAAAACGGACGUGCUAUUUCUUGUGCACAAGAAGUAACAUGGAGAAGAAUAAAUGGAGUGGAAAAGCUUAUAGUCAGAGGUAUUACGAGAUUCUUGAGAAACGGAAGAGCCUACCUGUGUAUGCGCAGAAACAAGAGUUUCUACAAUGCUUGAUGAGCAACCAGACGUUGAUACUUGUCGGUGAAACCGGUAGUGGUAAGACUACGCAGAUCCCACAGUUUGUUUUGGAAGCCGUGAACGAAAAAAACCCUAGCAAGUGGCUGGUCGGGUGCACACAGCCUCGUAGAGUCGCAGCCAUGUCCGUGGCAAGUCGUGUUGCUGAAGAGAUGGAUGUAGCUAUCGGUGAAGAAGUCGGUUACUCCGUUCGCUUUGAGGAUUGCACUAGCUCCAAAACAGUGCUUAAGUACUUGACCGAUGGUAUGCUUAUGAGAGAAGCAAUGACCGAUCCGCUUCUACAGAGAUAUAAAGUGAUAGUCCUCGAUGAAGCCCAUGAAAGAACUUUAGCCACGGAUUUACUAUUUGGUGUUCUGAAACGAGUCUUGAGCAACAGACCGGACCUUAAGCUAGUUGUGAUGAGUGCAACUUUGGAAGCUGAAAAAUGUCUUGAGUAUUUUAGCGGUGCACCUCUUAUGAAAGUUCCGGGAAGGCUCCAUCCCGUAGAGAUCUUGUACACGCAAGAACCUGAGAGAGACUAUCUUGACGCUGCUAUUCGGACAGUUGUUCAGAUUCACAUGUCUGAGCCGCCCGGUGAUGUUCUUGUUUUCUUAACCGGCGAGGAGGAGAUUGAAGAUGCAUGCAGAAAAAUCGUCUGUGAACUUGGGGAUCAAGUAAACGUUGUGCCUUUGUAUUCUUCUCUUCCACCAGCCAUGCAGCAGAAGAUAUUUGAUCCUCCUACGGAGAAUGUGAGGAAGAUUGUUGUAUCCACCAACAUAGCAGAGACUUCUUUAACCAUCGAUGGAGUUGUUUACGUGGUUGAUCCUGGCUUCGCUAAGCAGAAACUAUACAACCCUGAAACUCGUGUUGAGUCGUUGUUGGUGUCUGCAAUAUCACAAGCAAGUGCUAACCAGAGAGCUGGUCGUGCAGGUAGAACACGGCCUGGGAAAUGUUUCAGGCUUUACACAGAGAAGAGUUUCAACCAUGAUUUGAUUGAGCAGACGUAUCCUGAGAUACUGAGAUCAAACCUUGCAAACACUGUUCUGACUUUGAAAAAACUUGGUAUAGAUAACUUGGUUUGCUUCGACUAUAUGGACCCUCCUGCUCCUGUGACGAUGGGGCGGGCCUUGAACGAUUUGCUUGAUCUGGGAGCAUUAGAUGAAGAACUUAACUUGACAAGGACGGGUGAGAUGAUGAGUGAGUUUCCUUUGGAUCCGCAGAUGGCAAAGAUGCUUAUAGUCAGUCCUAAAUUCAACUGCUCCAACGAGAUUCUCUCAAUUUCAGCUAUGUUAUCAGUACCAAACUGCUUUGUAAGGCCAAGAGGAGAGGCGCAAAAAGCAGCAGAUGAAGCUAGAGCUAGGUUUGGUCACACUGAUGGAGAUCACCUAACGUUGCUGAAUGUGUACCAUGAUUAUAAACAAAACAACGGAGACCCGAAUUGGUGCUACCAGAACUUCAUCAACCAUAGAGCAAUGAAGUCUGCUGACAAUGUUAGAGAGCAGUUGGUGAGGAUAAUGUCCAGGUUUAAUCUCAAGACGUGUAGCUCUGAUUUUACCAGCCGUGACUACUAUAUUAACAUAAGAAAGGCAUUGCUUGCUGGCUAUUUCAUGCAAGUGGCUCAUUUAGACCGCACGGGCCACUACUUGACCGCCAAAGAUGGACAAAUGGUUCACCUGCAUCCAUCGUGUUGCUUGGAUCACAAACCGGAGUGGGUAGUCUACAAUGAAUAUGUUCUGACUAGUCGUAAUUUCAUAAGGACUGUCACGUAUAUUCGAGGUGAAUGGCUAGUGGAUGUUGCACCAGAUUACUAUCAUCUUUCCAACUUCCCAAACUGUGAAGCCAAACGAGUCCUCCAGAAGCUUUCUAAGAAGAGAGACAGAGCGGGGAACCCAAAGUGAAAACGGGCUAGUUUAGACUUAUAUCAUUACAGAUAUCUAAAGUUUCUUUUGUGUGUAAAAUAUGGCUCCAAAAUCCCCAGUUUUGUGUUUCUCAGUUAAUACUCUGGUUUGAUUUUAUUUUUUGACCAAAAAGUUGGUAGAGUUUCAUGAUUACAUAGAUACGAAGAUUCUAAUCCAGUUAUUUUCAUUAGAACAAAUGUAAUUCAAGGUCAUGAUCAAGAGAAAGAUGAUCUAAACUUUUUCAUCCAAUCCCAAAACGAUACACCAUUUAAAUACUAUUCCAGGGAUUAAUAACCAAACCAAACCAAAACUUUGGUUUCCCAUUAUUCAGUUCAAUUCGGUAAAGCUUUUACAAACAACUAGAGUUUUUAACCGCGCUACGCGCGGUCUAUGUAUUUUAAAUAAUAGUUUUUAAAGAAAAUACUUUUAUAUGAAAUUUUAUUUGAAAAAAUUAUAUUUUAUUUGAAAUUAUGCUCUAUUUUAAUUUUUGAAAGCAACACUUUUAUAUUUAUGUAAAAUGACUAAUGCAAUCAGAAUAUUGAAAAUUAUAAUAAUAUAUUUUCAUAUACUCUAAAUAACAAAUGUAUGAAAAUAAAACAUGAAGUAUUUCUAUUUCGUCUGAUCUUUCUUUGUUAAUAUGAAAGGUUAGUAAAUAAAAGCAAUAAAAAGAUCCUUCGUAUAAAAAACUAAAAAUGAUAAGAUAUUUGACUUAAGAUAGAAGUGUGUAUGAAAAUAACACAGAUCAUAUGUAUGAGCAUAGAAUUAAAUAUGCUUGCAAGGAGUGUAAGUCUGUAAUAGGAUAUUUCCCUUGUUACUUAGGCAAUUAAGUUUUUUUUUUUUUUUUAAAGUGUGUAGGUUCUCUUUUUAUAUAGAUUUUGUAAUUUUUAUUAAAAAUGUACUUUAAAACAUUUUGAAAAAUUUAACUAUUUGUCAUUUGUAAUGAUUAACAUGUAUAUAUCUUAAAUAUAUGCUUAUUUCAAAACAUAAGUAACUUAAAUUUUAAAUCUAGUUUUAAAUGUGUUAGUUUGAAAUUAAAUCAGGAUAAAAUAUCUUUUCAUAUACAAGAAAGGUAUUUAAAAAAAAUGAAUUUUCAAAUUCAAAAUCAUUAAAAAAAAAUUUUUCAGUAUCCCUUUACUAUUAGGUGAGUUGUAUUGUUUGAGUUUGUAUUUUUUUAUAAGAAUUUAUUGGUUAAAUAAUUUUCAUUAUUUUUGCUUUAUUUUUCUAGUAAAUUUGGAGUAAACUUAUCAUUAUCUUAUUUUAUGCCUGAUAUUUUUGAUAUUUACAUAAUAAGUUUAAAAUUUAUGAAACUGAAAAAUAAGUAGCAUAACUAAAACACUAAAUGUGAAAAAUUAGUUUAAUAUUUUUUAUCUAAAUCUUUAAUUUCCGUUGAUAUCUUAAGUAGUAUGAUAUAUAUUUUUGUAUUUUAAUUUUUUAUUAUUUUUGUUUGAAACUUCGAGCAGUGUUUACAGAUCUGUUAAAGUAAAAUCUUAGUAAUGAUGUUACAGUGACUACUAAUUUUUUAUAAUAAUUUUCACUAAUUUUUAAAAUAUAUUUUUUAUGUUUAAUUAAUAUAGUUUCUUAAUCAUUAUAUAUUUGAGGAUUAAUUUUAGUCACCAGCAUGAUUUUCCUUCCAGUUGCUAAGGUAAUUUUAUAAAAGUAUUAUUUUCAUCCUAUAUAAUUAGUCGCACAAAUGUGUACUUACAAUAAGAUUUAUUUAUUUAACAUUCAUUUUUAUUGCAUGUUUUCUAUUGUGUAUCUACGUAGGUGUAAACCUUCCUAUUACUUCAUUUUCCCUCUCGAUUAAGAAGUUUAUCUUUGUAUAAUGUAGAUUUUGACACUUAUAUGUUUCCAACCAUUUUUCUAAAUUUUUAAUUAUAUUAGGAUUUUAUUUAUUUUUGUCUUCAGUUUUUAAAUUUUUUUUUCAUAUCCAUAUGUUUUCUCUAGUCUUUACUAUAUGUUUAAUUAUGUACUCAGUGUUUAGUUAUUAUUAUUUUCAGUUUGACCAUUGAUUGUUGUAACUUGGUAGUUUCUUAUAAUUGUGAUAUACUUUUUGAUUAAUUUUUAUUUUUAAGAUAUUCAAAAUUUUCUAUGUGUAUUUGUACAUUAUUUUGGUAAAUUUAUAUUGCUACGCGCAGAUUAUUAUUAUUAACUUUUGUAUUUUUAGUAUGUUUGUAGUGUUGUUUGUCGUUUUUUGUUCUUUUUGUAUUUAACCUUUUUGUUUUUGUUUUUCAAAAAUUAUGUUCAAUUGUAAUUUUAAUAUAUAUUGUUUGUUGUUAUAAAUGAAAAAAAAAUUAUUGAAAAAAUUUAUUGAAAAAGUUUAUCUAUGUUAAACAUAAUUUUUUAUUUUAAAAUAGAGUGACAUAUUAGAAAAAAAAAGACUAACAUACUAUAAAAAAAGGAAGUAGCAGAUGUGGUGUCUUUUGACCAAUAUGAUUUAGUAUGUGUAAACUCAAGCAAAUAGAUAAAUAUUUAAACUGAUUCCAGAUAUUCCGUUAGCAUCGUUAAGCAUCUCUCACUCUGCUGAUGUUGUAAGUCUCACUAAUCUUUGUUCUGUUCACUUCAAUCACAAAACAUUAAAAUAUAAAGUAAUUGCACUAACACCAUUUUCUUCCCUAUCUCUUGUUUUGAAUCUUCAUUACAACUGCUCUGCACGUUCCUUCAUUCCACAAUCAACUGAUGAUGUCGAUAAAGAAUUGCAGCGUGUGCAAUCUCGUUUGCUCUCAGACUGUGUGAACGUAUUAUAUAAAAUAUUUGUUCUGUGCACUGUUUUGUUUUAAAUGCACUAUUUCUUAUAUCUCAAAUAGAGGAGAAUGAAGCAGGACCAAUCCAAAACAUGGACGAAACGCAUUACUUGCAUUAAAAAUCAAGAGAUUUCAUAACAUGAUUAUAAAGUAUCAGCUUCAAACACGAUAAAGGGUCUGAGAGAUCUUCCUUUAUUGACUUACUCUCGUCAAGAUGGGUCUUUCAACAAUCUCCUUAAGUCAACCUCUAAAGACGUACGAAUCUUGUCCUUCGUUGGCCACUGUAUACACCUGGUACGUUUGCUAAUCUAAUCUCCAUUCACUGUAUAUAAGUAUCAUAUGCUAAAUUGUGAUUCUCAAUUUCGAUAGAUAAAACUUACGACCCAAGUCUUUUCCAUGUAAAAAACAUAUCACUGCAUAUUUAGAUUCUAAUUGGUUGGAUCCGCAUAUCUAAGAAAGCUUUGCAUUUUCCAGUUUGGAACCUGCAGUGAAUCCAGUAAUCCAGUAUAGCUUUAUUUUUCCCAUCUGAUAAACACAGACAGUAUACAUGUUUUGAAAGAAAAGGAGAGAAUCGACCAUGCGUAUUUUGAUCACAAGAUAAGUCUCUAGGAAAUGGAAAUAACCUCGAGAUGUUCUUCACGGCCUCUGAAUAUCCCUUUUUCAAAGCUUUCUUCUCCUGUCAAAUGUAAGAAUAUUUUAACGAAAGAUUACCAGGGCAGCACACCAACGCAAUAUGAAUGGAAACUAAAGAUGGUUUUAUUUAUAGCAGAAAUCGGAGGACAAAAAUCAGACUUUUAUCCUAUCUUAUGCUGAGUGGACAUGUAUCCAUUGGCAACGGGUAUAAACUAAACUGAACGUGAGUAUAAAUGUUUGAGAGUUGAGUAAGUAGCAAAGACGAUACCUCCAAGUAGUAGUCCAUUAAGUCUUGAACUUUCUUGCCCAUAACCUCGGUACCGGCGUCACCAAGGAGGACAAAAGUUGCCAUGUCGCCAUUGUCAUACAGGGACACCUCCACACAACACAUUCAUUAGCUAACCAUUUCACAAGCCACAAUCCGACCUUCUCCUUAAGAUUUGAAUCUAAAGUUCCCAAAGACGAUUUUAUUUUUAACAACCACCAGUGGAAGUUUCAACAGGAAUAUUUAAACCAACUAACCUUCAACUAUUUGAGUUCCAGUCACAUAACAGAAGGAUGAGAAGCAUUUCAUGAAUAUCAAAAGAAGAUCAGCAUGGAGGUUGGAAAAAGUCUCAACCCUCCUGGGUGUGUAUUCAAACUCUCACAGAAAGUUUCAUAUGUUAGCUUGAGAGCAUGUCUCAGUUUCCACUUAAUGCGAUAAAUACAGAAGAUAAAGCUUACUUCUUUAGCAAAUGAAAUUCUCCAGUGUCACCUGAAGGGGCUAGUUUAUCAAUCAAAGAGAACAAUCAAAAUACAAACAAAGGACGUACUCGUUGGGGUUUCAAGUACUUGAUCUUAGUUAAUAUAAUAGUUUUUGGGCUAGCGCAAGCAGUAGUCUUUUCUGACACAGAAGGAGAAAUUAGUGACAGGAAAUUAUCUUUAAACACCCGCUAAUUAGCUAACCAUUAUCUGAUCACUAAGAUGCGAUAGUAGAGUGUAAAAAAUACCGUAGAGAAUGGAACAUGAAUACAGCCUCCUUUGGCUGUGUUCUGGGAACGAACGUGCAGCUCAGCUCCGCCUCUCCCAAGCCAGAAGCAACGUUGUUGAAGAAUAAAGCAGUGUGUGGCUUGACCGGUUGAUUUCUCUGUAUUGGCUGCCGUGUAUUCUCGGUGUGAGUGAGCAAGAGGAAGGACAAAGGUCUUUGUAUGGGUCACAAUUUUGAUUAUUGUAACUGGGAAUUCAGAAGUACGAUAACAUUAAGACAAAAUUAAUUGAAGAAAUAAAGUGGAGUUUCGUUUGUGGAGAAGUUGAUCGAUCAGAGCUCUUUGCGCUUUGAAUCGGAGAAGAGGAAGAGGCAGAGGCGUAGUUCCUCGAGACCUCCGUCUGCAUCGCGAUCUCCGUGUUCUGUAGUUUAUUUUUUUUUUUUACGUUUGUCGACAUAACACAAGCCCUGGCCUAAAACAAACAAAGCCCAUACGAAAAUAAAAUUAAGAAACGAAGGCCCAAACGUAACAUAACACAACAGAUCUGACGUGGCAAAAAGAAAAGUUCUGGUUAGAGGAUUAUUUUAAGUGACGUGGCAGCACAGAUUUUCGGCAUAUGCUGCUUUUAGUAUUGUGAUUUGGUUAUCAGCUCAAUAGUCGGUUAGUUCAGUUUAAGAAAA